UAAUUUUUAUCCGGUUUUGCAUGUUCUUUUCCUCGAGUUCGUGCAUUGUCGUAUUAGCAUUGGUGGCGCGACAUGCCAUCGUUCAAUCUCAAACAAUAACCAACGUUCUACGCAGUUUUGUUUUGACUCUUUAAACUACACAAUUGAUUCGUUCGAGUGACAGCAGUAAUAUUGUUACUAUUCCUUAAUAAACUGAGCUUUUUGUUGAUUUACAUUUGUCGGUAUCAUCUUUUGCAAUUAAUACGGAUUUUUGCAACUGCUUGAGUGACUCAAACCACGAACUCUACUUGAAAGAAUUUUACAAAAACUAUCUUUGAAGAUGGAGGACGAUUUUUUUGGAUUCGAAUUGUUGCACUCUCAGUAUAAAAACCAAUUAAACAAAAAGGAAGAUUUAAUAGUUUUAUUGAUACACUGGUAUCUCACAAAAAAUAAAUUCAGAUGCUUAGGAAUUGGUGAUUCAAAAGAAUGUAAUCCAGAAGAAACUGGAUCUGAAUUAUUGCCCGAAGGAUGGAGUCAGAAUACAAAUUAUAGUUUUAGAUAUAUCAGAAAUAAAGAAUUAUAUAUUUUAAUAAUGCUUACAUCAGAAAAAAAUUUGCUGCUUAAUUUUUUGAAAGUAGCAGAUCAUAGUGUAGCUAAUUCUGAAGUAUGCAUUGAUGCUGUAGAAUCUUUAAAUGGAAAUUUGGAAACUAUGAUUCCGAGUCAUAAAAAUAUUAUUAAAUCAUUGAAGAAUGAUAUUCCUAUCAUCUCUUCUGUUACAACUAGUGAAAUGUCGGUUCAAACAGCAGUAAAUGAAACACGUGAAUCAAACAUUGAUAGCAGAUUACGUGACGAAGGUGCUCCCUCAUCACUUAGAAUGCCCAGAUUACCAACAAAUAAUCCACUUGCAAUUGGUAGCGAUGAUCUAAAUAUAUUCGGAGGUGGAAAUAGUGGAAUGUUGUUUGAUCCAUUUCAAAAUCAACGUCAAAGAGAUCGAAUACCCCCAAACCUUGGAAUUCCUGGACAGUUACCUCGUGGAGCGGUACCACCUGGAGCAAGAUUUGAUCACUUUGGACCAAUAGAUUACGAUAUGAAUCGCUCGAGAUUUAGGGCACCUGAUGGCGAUUUUCCACCCCCGGAUUACGAAAACAUGUUCCUUUAAACUCUUUUAUAUUAAAAUACUUAUAAGUUGAUAAAAUUCUAACAAAUUAGAAAUAUAGUUUAAAAAAAAUUAUUCAGUCAUAAGACUUUGAUGUUGCUCUAAGGAACCUCAAACUAUAUCAUUGGGUCGUAUUGUUAGUGUAUACCUUUUGAUUUAUUUUUUUCACAUGUUAAGAUUUAAUAAAGUUUAUAUCUUAAAAUC